AUGGCCAUCGCACGCGUCGUGUUAGCUAUCCACCUCUUCCUCCUCUGCAGUUACCACUCGGGACGUCCCCUCGAGGUCUCCCUCUGGGGACAGGGAAACGCUCACCUGGGGACACAGACCAGCAGGCUGUUGAGGGAAAGCGGCAGGAACGGCCAGGCAAACCGGGUAAAUCAGGCAGACCAAGCAGACCAGGUCGCAUCGCCUCCCAUCUCGGGCAAAGAAAGGAGAAGGGGAAUUGGAAUGACCAGCAAUCUGCAGCUGCUAAGUGGGGAAGAUGAAAAGGAUUCCACAUCUGAGGAAGCCCCUAAUUUGGAAGGGAAGGACAAUGCAGAUGCUGGAAAAGAUGGAGAAAAAGAACCAAGUGAAAAGCAAAGUGGAGAUGUCGAUCCUACCGUGACAGAUGCAGAGCGAGCUAAAGACGAAAACGCCUCAGUGUCUGAGGAAGAGCAAAUGAAAACGCUAGACAGUGGGGAGGAUCACACGGAUGAUGGUAAUGCAGAUGGAGGGCAAGGAGGAGGUGACGGCAAUGAUGAGAACCAAAAAGGGGACGGAAAGGAAAAAGAAGGUGGAGAAGAAAAAAAGGAAGAUGGUAAAGACGACCAUGAGAAAGGAGAAAAGGGAUCUGAGGGCGAAUCGGGGGAAAAGGACGAAGCCGCGCCCAAAGGAGACGCCGCCGAGAAAGACAAAAAAUUGGAAAGCAAAACGGCAGAUGCGAAAGUGUCCGAACACAAGGCAGACGAUGCCAAUCCGGGAGGGAACAAAGAUUCUCCAGAGGGAGAGAGCCCAAAGGAAGGCAACCCUGAUGACCCAAGCCAGAAGAAUCCGGAGGCUGCCGGUGACGACGACAGCAGACUUCACUUAGACAACCUGGACGACAAGGUCCCCCACUACAGCGCCCUGAGGAACAACCGAGUGGAGAAAGGAGUAACGGACACCAUGGUGCUGAACGACAUAAUAGGAGAAAAUGCAAAGUCCUGCUCCGUAGACAAUGGGGGGUGCGCAGACGACCAAAUAUGCAUCCGGAUUGAUAACAUCGGAAUUAAGUGCAUCUGUAAGGAGGGUCACUUAUUUGGGGACAAGUGCAUUUUGACCAAGUCGUCUGCCCUCGGCUCGUUUUUCUCUGCCGGUUUGUUCGCCCUACUGGCUUUGCUCUGGCUGUGUUGA